AUGACUCGGCACAGCAUCGCGCAAUCCGGCAUGAACGACACUUUUAUGUGGCCACCCACACGAGGCUCGCAGCCUAAGCGUGUUGCACUACAGAAAAGCGGCAUGAAGCGCUAUUCCACAGUGGAUGAUCACAUUGAUAAAGCGAUGUCAUCUCUUGCAGAAGCAGUUAGAAGCAUGUUGUCUCCUUCCCGCAGAAAGACAGUCAUCACCAGACUUUGUGUUUCACUGGCCAUAGCCAACAGGUACUCGAGUGAAAUCGGUCAUCUUGUUAAUGAAGUGGUUGAAAAUGGAAUGGUAGAAGAUAUAGAGCUCACAAGUGGGGUUGAGAGGACCCCGGGCGCUGUCAGUGAUGAAGAAAUGGAAAAUCACGCAAAUGCUGUGAAUGGUUUCUUUGGUAACUAUCCAAAUAUAUCUUGUUGCCUCACAAGACUCCUCCUUUUUAAUGCAACCUUUGCGGAAUCAGAUCUACAUAAUCUCAUUGCAAAUAUUUGGCUACUACCUGAAAAACAUCAACUUUCCUCAGCAUUUAGCAAUUUGAGGAAAUUGUGUAUAUAUGAUGUCUUUGUUGGAUUUGGCCUUUUGUGGACAACAGCUCUUCUUGAAGCUGCGCCAUCCCUCGAGAUACUUGAAGUUGAGGUGUAUGACCAUCGAUGCGAGGAGGACAAGAAAGUAACUGAGACGUGUGCUGAAAGAACUAAUGCGCCAUGGGAAGUGUCAGAAUUUGCAUACCCGAAGCAUUUGCCACUGAAAGAGCUCGAAAUCAUUGGUUUCAAUGCAUCAGAAGAACAUCUAGUGUUUAUAGGAGCAGUGAUGGAGCGGGCUUCUAACUUACAGUCGGUUGUUUUGAAAGACAAGCGCUGUAAGGAAUGCGAAGCAACCAGUACAGCGUCAGUAAAACGUAAAUUUCCAGAAAAUGAAGAUGGACAAGAGCUGGUAGUGAAUAAGCUCAGAGACCGGUUCUCCUCCAGUGCUCAGAUAAUUUUCAGUGACUGCAAGGUUGUCAGCGAAUGUGUGUUUGCCUGA